AUGGCGGCAACCGGGCACUCGUGCCCUUGCGUGUCAUUGACAGACCAAGUUCGUUGCAGCCUUCUUUUUUUGACCGCGAUAUCGGUGACGAGCCUGACGGUGAACACCCGGGUGUACGAGGGCCAAAAGCCGGGCACCUCGGGCCUACGAAAAGCCGUCAAGAUCUUCCAACAAGAGCACUAUACGGAAAACUUCGUGCAGGCGACACUGCACGCCCUGGGCGAUCAGCUGACCGGCUGCACCCUCGUCGUCGGCGGCGACGGACGAUUUUACGUGAAGGAAGCGGUGACGAAAAUCAUCCGAAUCGCCGCGGCAAACGGGGUAAGGAAGUUAAUAGUUGGACAAAAUGGCAUUCUCUCGACGCCAGCGGUGUCGACUAUAAUACGAAAGUAUAAAACGCAAGGAGGGAUCGUUUUAACUGCGUCGCACAAUCCUGGUGGUCCUGAUGCCGACUUUGGCAUUAAAUUUAAUUGCGACAAUGGCGGCCCGGCUCCAGACAACGUAACGAAUAAAAUCUACGAGAUUACUAAAACGCUCCAGAGUUAUAAAAUUAUUCCUGAUAUUAGUAUAGAUAUUGACAAAGUGCAGAGUGUCUCUAUUGAAGUGGAUGGUAGACCAUUUAUCAUCGAUAUAAUUGAUUCUGUGAAGGAUUAUGUGGAACUUAUGAAAGAAAUUUUUGAUUUUGCGAGUAUUAGAAAAUUAUUACAAGGCAAUGCAGAUAAGCCAGCAUUUAAAAUUCUCAUCAAUUCAAUGAACGGAGUUACGGGACCGUAUGUAAAGCAAAUAUUUAGCACUGAAUUAGGCGUCGAUGAAACUAGCUUAGUAAAUAUAAAGCCAUUAGAAGAUUUCGGUGGUUUACACCCCGAUCCAAAUUUAACUUAUGCCAAAGAUUUAGUGAAUGCUGUAAAGGAAGGACCGUACGACUUUGGUGCGGCUUUUGAUGGAGACGGAGAUAGAAAUAUGAUUUUGGGCAAGAAAGCCUUCUUCGUUACUCCUUCCGAUUCCUUAGCGGUGUUAGCUGCUAAUCUAAAAUUAAUUCCGUAUUUUCAAAAGACUGGUGUUAAAGGAUAUGCUAGAUCAAUGCCAACGGCUGCGGCUGUCGAUAGAGUUGCUGUUAAAAAUGGAGUAAAAUUCUUCGAAGUUCCUACUGGAUGGAAAUAUUUCGGAAACUUAAUGGAUGCUGGAAAUCUAUCGUUGUGUGGAGAGGAAAGUUUCGGUACCGGUUCCGAUCAUAUUCGUGAGAAGGAUGGAAUAUGGGCAUGUCUAGCCUGGCUCAAUGUGAUCGCAGGACUAGGAAAAUCUGUGGAAAAUAUUUUAUUGGAUCAUUGGAAAGUUUAUGGAAGAAAUUUCUUUACUAGGUAUGAUUAUGAAAACUGCGAUUCCGCGUGCGCAGAUAAAAUGAUGCAAAGCAUCGAAACUCUAGUUGAAAAGUCAGAUUUUAUCGGCAGACAAUUGCAGUACGAAGGUAAAGAGUAUAUUGUUAAGCAGGUGGAUAAUUAUUCCUAUACGGAUUCUGUUGAUGGUAGCAAAGCUACGAAACAGGGAUUACGGAUAUUGUUUGCGGAUGGCUCCCGCAUCGUAUUCCGUUUAUCCGGAACAGGAAGUUCUGGUGCCACUAUCCGUAUGUAUAUCGAUAGUUAUGAGAAUGAUCCAGUUACUUUCGAAAAAGACGCACAACUUGUUUUAAAACCUUUAAUUAAUAUCGCAUUAGAAUUAAGCGAACUUUGUCAGCAUACUGGUCGCAACGCGCCUACUGUGAUUACAUAAGAGUUCGCUUCUUACGUUUUUGCGCUCUUCUGUUGCAGAACUGUCUUAUAAAAACAAUAACAAUUUAUAAACUCACGAUAUUAAAAUAAUAAAAAUAAAAACGGGCAAAUGAGAGUCAUGCAUAGUUGUCAGUACACAAAUUACCAAAUGCAGAUAAUUAUUUAUUAUAAUUAUUUAUUUUAAUUCAUUUAUUUUACUUCAAACGUUUUGGCUCAUCUCCAGGUCAUUAUCAGUGAAUAUUGUCGACAUUUAAACUUUGAAGAAUGUUUCUUAAUUUCAACUGGGUAAUUCGAACACAUCACUGGCAGAUGAGUGUUUUUCUCGCAUUUUAAGUGUAACGCAAGCGAAUUUAUUAUACAAUCAGAAUAGGAAAAUCAAUUAUAUGAUUCGAUAUUAUAUAAUUUAAU